CUCAUCAACCAAUACAAUAUAAGUAUCAAACCCCAUAUUUUCAAAUUUUUAAAAAACAUAUAUUUUCUACUUUUUUAAUUUUUUUUAUAUUGGACUUUCCCAUUACUUGCCUUGUAAUUAAAAAAAAAAAUCACCUUGGAAAUUUGGAGAGAUUUGGUCAGAUCUUGCUUUGUGAGUUGGGGAGAUUUUGUUUGCUAUUUUACUUCUAUACAAAGGCAAAUACUUUCCUCUUUUUUCUUCAACAAACUCAUCAUUUUCUUUUUCAAGAACCCCAUCAAAGAAAAAAAAAACCAACUUUUUCUUUUUUCUUCUUUUAAAGAUCUGUUUAUUUUUUCUUUCCCUCUCUGUGGAAAAUUUGGAGCAAUGGGAAUGGCAGCUGCUGAGUCUCAGUUUCAUGUUUUAGCUGUUGAUGACAGUGUUAUUGACAGGAAACUCAUUGAGAGGCUAUUAAAAACCUCUGCUUGUCAAGUUACAACAGUAGAUUCUGGAAGUAAAGCUUUAGAAUUUCUUGGUUUACAAGAACAUGACAAGAAUCAAACAAAUCAGCCUUGUGUUUCUCUUGAUAACCAUCAGGAAGCUGAAAUCAAUCUUAUUAUCACAGAUUACUGUAUGCCUGGGAUGACAGGCUAUGAUUUGCUCAAGAAAAUUAAGGAAUCUUCAUCUCUGAGAAACAUACCAGUGGUCAUUAUGUCAUCUGAAAAUGUUCCUUCUAGAAUCAGUAGAUGCUUAGAAGAAGGGGCAGAAGAAUUUUUCUUGAAGCCAGUGAGAUUAUCAGAUGUUAAUAAACUUAGACCUCAUAUGAUGAAAACCAAAUGUAAAAGCCCCAAACUAGAACAACCCGAUGUUCCACCAGAAGUACCACAAACAGAAUCAGACAACAUAGUACAACAACAACAACAACAACAACAGAAAUCACAAGCCAAUAGUGACAACAACAAGAAGAGAAAGGCCAUAGAAGAAAAUCUAUCACCUGACAGAACAAGACCAAGAUUCAAUAGCCUUACUGCGAUCUAAUCUAAUGAUGACGCAUAUAUUAUAAAGUUCACUUUUUUCCCUUCACAAAUUUGCCAAAGUACCAUUUUUAGGUUAAUUCUUUUUUGUUUUUUUUGUUAUAUAAUGUUUUCUUGUUGCUUACAUAACUUGGAUAAUACAAAUAUGAAGUGACAUGUAGAAGGUCUAAUACACAUUUCACAUGGAAAAAAUUUCAGCCAGUUUUGUUUAGGCUAAUCUAAGGAGGGACUACAUAUCUUGUCUUGUAAAUAGACAAAUAGUAUAUAACAUAGAAGUAUUCUUUCUUUUU